AUGUCGCUCAAAAAGGCCCUCAACAGCAUCAAACCGCGCAGCGGUUCCAACUCCGCUGCCGGCAGCGACAAUGAGAGUCCCGCCCCCAAGGGCCACCACCACAAGGACCACGAGCACCGCUCUGGCACUGGCCUGUCCUCCUUGUCCAAUGGCAUUGGCAACCUGAGCUUCGGACGGCACUCGACCGACUCCGCGAGACGCUCCCUGGACGUCGCAUCGCCUUCACCUUCGCGAGCGUCCAAGGAGCACCACCGCUCAUCCCACAGCCCUCUAGGCUUCCUCCGCCGCAAGACGCGUCUCGGCUCAGACGACUCCCACUCUUCGACUGAGGAUCUGCCAUUGAACCGCGAGGGCGAGCCCCUCAGCCGCAACCAGCAGCGCAAGCAUGAGCGCCAAGCAGAGAAGGAGAAGCACCGCAAGGAAGCUGAAGCUCGCAUGGAAGCAGACCGCAAGCGCAAGGAGGAGAUGGAGCGCAAGGCCGCUGAGGAGGAGACGGAAGAGCAGAAGUCAAAGUACGGCACGUUGCCUGUCAACUACUACGCCGGUCAAUUGAAGCACGAGGAUCACGUAGACCUGCGAGACCUGAAAUCCAGCGACGUGGGCAAGGUUGUGCUUUUCAGAGCUCGUCUUCACAAUAUCCGCAAGCUGAGCGCCCAUCUCAUGUUUGUGGAGCUUCGCCAGCAAACCCACACCAUCCAGGGCAUCCUCCACGAGCAUGGAAGUGUCUCACAGCACUUUUUGUACUGGGCCGAGCAUCUCCACGUCGAAUCGAUUGUCCGCGUGCGAGCUGUGAUCCAAGAGCCAAAGGCCAAGCAGGGCGAGAUCAUUGGUGUGUCCAUCCACAACUUGGAGGUGCACAUCCAUGAAAUGCACGUCGAGGGUACCCCCACCGAACCUCUCCCAUUCACCGUGCACGAGGCCGAAGUCAGCAAAGCAGAGACCCAGGCUGAAGGAGAUACCCGCCACCGCGUCUCAGACCGAGCUCGUCAGAAUAACAGAAUCAUCGAUCUGCGCACCACCACUUCACAAGGUAUCUUCCGCGUCCAGUCCGGUGUCUGCCAGGCAUUCCGUGCCCACCUUCACUCGCUCGGCUUCCUUGAAAUCCACACGCCCAAGCUCCAAGGUGCAGCCUCUGAGUCGGGAGCUAGUGUCUUCAAGGUCGAUUACUUUGGCAGGCCUGCGUUUUUGGCUCAGUCGCCCCAGCUUGGCAAGCAGAUGUGUAUCGCCGCAGAUAUGAAGCGUGUGUUUGAGAUUGGCCCCGUCUUCCGAGCUGAGAACAGCAACACCCACCGACAUUUGACGGAGUUCACUGGUCUUGAUUUGGAGAUGGCCAUUGAUGAGCACUACCACGAAGUCCUCCGCACCCUCGACAGCACCUUCAAGGCUAUCUUCAAGUUUGUGUACGAAAAUUACAAGGAAGAGAUUGAGGUGGUCAAGCGACAAUUCCCUCAUGACGACCUUGUCUGGCUUGACGAGACUCCAGUCAUCCCAUUCGCCGAGGGCAUCCGCAUGCUCAAUGCAUCUGGAUACCGCGAUGAGAAUGGAAACGAACUGUCUGAGAAUGAAGAUAUGGGUACACGUGAUGAAAUCGCGCUCGGUGCGGUGAUCAAGGAGAAGUACAAGACCGACUACUACGUCCUGGACAAGUUCCCAACAUCCGCACGACCCUUCUAUGCCAUGCCUGAUCCUGACAACGCCGACGUCACGAACUCAUUCGACAUCUUCCUGAGAGGGCAGGAAAUUCUUUCCGGUGGCCAGCGUAUUCACGAUGCGAACAUGCUCGCUGCGAAGAUGGAGAAGAUGAGAAUGGACCCCAAGACACUUGAAGAGUACAUGAGCGGUUUCGAAUGGGGUGCUCCACCACACGGCGGCGGUGGUAUCGGUAUGGAGCGUAUUCUCAUGCUUCUGCUGAAGCUUGGUGACAUCCGAAACGCCACGCUCUUCGCACGCGAUCCACGGUCUCUGCCCUACAAGCCUCCGGUCAAGCAACUCAGACAUCCAGAAGCCAGCACUUUGCACCCUCCAUGGAUUGGAACCGACCGAGUCACCGCUCACCAGGAUCUCCAGCCCAUCGAGAAGCUCAUUGCCAAUUACGGCGAUGCUUCCAACACAUCCUGGCUCGAGCCCAAGUUCGAGCACUGGCGAGAUCCCAACACAGGUGCAGCUGUUGGUUUCGUACCUCAUGAGGGGUAUGCGAUUACUAUUGGUGAUCCGCUUUGUCACGCCAGCCAGUACGCCAAGACCAUUGGCGGAUUCUUGCGGUACAUCAAGAAAGACCGACAUCUCAAGCCCCUGUGGUUGCUCUGCGGUGGUGCGGUGGAGGAAGUGCUCGCAAACAAGUUCGAUUGGCGAACUUUGUCUGUGGCUGCUGAACAGCGUCUUGACCCUGGAAACAACCCAGCAGCUCGGGAUCCUGAAAUUCAGCGGAAGUGCCGCCACGCUGAGAAGGAGGGUGUCAAGACUCACGAUAUCUUAAUCGGCACCACAGUGCCCAAGGACGUCAAGGAGAAGAUCGACAAGCGAAUCGAAGAUUGGCUCAAGAACCGCAAGGGCAAGCAGGUCCAUCUGACAGACGUGCACCCUUGGCAAGAUGUGGCACACAGGCAAUAUCAUUACACCACCACCAAGGACGGUCAGAUCUGUGGUCUGGUCAUUCUGGCCCAGCUCUCACCUGAUCAUGGGUGGCAAGUCAAAUUCGCGCUCGACUUCCCGGGUGCUCCAUCCGGCGCCAUCGAGUUGCUUGUCUUGCACGCCCUGAAGGCUGCGGCAGCGACUGGUGCUACUUCUGUCACGUUCGGUGGUGGUGCCAGCUCGAAGCUCACCCCCGGUCACAACCUGAAGGGUACUCGAGUGAAGGUGCUGGCCAAGGCCUACCACGCCAUCGCCACCGAGUUGAAGUUGACGAACAAGAGCGAGUUCCGAGAGAAGCUUGGUGCUCAAGAUGAUCCAAUCUAUGUUUGCUACCCACCCCACGGUCUCGGCCCAGGUGGUGUCCGUGCCAUUCUGAGCUUCUUCGAGGACGAGGAUGACUCUUCGAAACUUGGUUAG